CUGAGCGAACGUUAGCAAAUUCUAGACUUAUUGCACUGCCAACCUUUGUGCUCUGUAUGAUAUGAUCGGAAAAAAUCGGAUUGCUUUUACCAGUCUGGUGGGUCUGCUGCUCGCCUCUUUGGGUCUAAUCUCGGUUCUGAACUUGGAGCGCAUACAACGACGCGCCCUGGAGUGGUUCAUGGUGCUGAAGCCCAACUCGAUGCUGAGCAAUCUGUGGCAGAAGCCCAGCUUGGACAUAACUGCCAGCGUAUACAUCUUCAACUGGACGAACUCGGAACAGUUUAACAAUCCGAAUGUUAAGCCGCGUUUUGAGGAGCUGGGGCCCUACUGCUUCACCGAGACCCAGGAGAAGCUGAAUGUGGUCUGGCACCCGGAGAACUCGACUGUAUCCUAUCUGCGCCGCAGCCAUUUCUACUUCGAUGAAGCAGCCAGCGCGGGCAAGCUUACGGACUCCAUUGUGGCGCCCAAUAUGCUGAGUGUUGGUAUUGUCAACAAAAUCCAGAACUGGAACCCGAUGCUGCGCACGCUGAUGCUGAUGGCGCUGAAUAUGAAUGGCAAUGAGGCAACAUUCGUGAGGUCUGCCGAUGACUGGCUCUUCAAUGGCUUCGAUACUCCUCUAAUUAAGAUGAGCAAAAUGAUACCCAAUAACAUGAUGCCGGACUUGUAUUUCCCAUACGAACGUAUAGGCUACGGUUAUCCGCGCAACGGCAGCACCCAGAUCUACGGGCAUCAUAAUGUCCAUACUGGCCAGCAGGACUUUAGCAAAGUGGGCCAAAUAGCACGCUGGCGUUACGACAAUGUUUCGGCUGGUUAUCCCAAUUGCAAGCUGAGGGGCAGUACGGGCGAAUUUCAUCCCACUCCGCUGCGCCAGGGCGAGCCAAUUUCAUACUUUCUGCCCGAUCUAUGCCGUGAGAUGCAACUGGACUAUGCGGGCACAACGCUCUUUAAGGGCAUCGAGGCGUACGUCUACAAGGGCACUGCAAGGAAUUUAGCAAAUGGCACUGAUAAUCCGGAGAACAGCUGCUACUGUACGGGCAACUGCAGGGAGGUGCGCUCCGGCCUGAUGAAUGUAUCUUCCUGUUGGUACGAUGUGCCCGUGUUCGCCUCAUCGCCACAUUUCUAUAAUGCCGAUCCCUAUUAUGCGGACGCAGUGGAAGGCAUGAAGCCUGACAAGGAUCGCCACGAGAUGAGCGUUAUGCUAGAGCCCAGUACUGGCAUACUGCUGGACAUCAAGGCGCGGCUAAUGAUCAGUCUCCUGGUAGAACCGCGCAGAGAAUCCAUCUUCCGCAAGUCACGUCGCAACUUCUUUCCCCUCUGCUGGGUUGACUAUCGCUUGCGAAUUUCAUCCGAUCUGGAAUUCUAUCUGAAGCUGUUGCCGAUCUCAGCGCUCGUGGGAAAAGUCUGCGGUUGUAUAGCCGUAGCCCUGGGCCUAGGGCUGAUGCUUUGGUAUCCGCGACAGAUCCUUCUGCAAAGGCGCUACAUGCGCAAGAUCGAUAUCACCAAUCUGGAAACGCGCAUCCAAGCAGCCAGCAUGGAGGUGAAGACCCAUGCGGCCGAGGGAUCCCCACUACUCGUGGGAUUACAGUUUGUGGCCAGCUCAGGUGAUGGGGAUUGUGCAAGCUGGCAUAUAAACAUAGCAAAACCGCAUAACAUGUCAACAGGUUGCGGAAGUGAUGCGCACAACAACUCAAGGAUUCCCGUGCAAGCAGCGUCAACGACUGCGGCGACGAGAAUAUACAAACGUUUAGCGUCAGUGCAGCGUAGCAAGAGCAAGAGAACAGGCGCACAACGAGCGAGCAGAGCUUCCUGCACAACUACAACCGCAACAAGAGUAACAGAAAAGGCCUCUAAUACGGGCAAGGCCAGAGACGUUGGCAGUAAUCGUCAUCGAAAAACGCAACAGCAACAACAACAGCUAGAGAUGACAUCACGUGCUCGUCACUGUGCCUGGCGGCUGGGCAUUGUCAUCUUGGGCGCUUGCUGCAUAGCCGCUGGAGUUUAUCUGCUGCGCAACUGGAUUGACAUAUUUACGCGCAUGCGCGGCAAGGAAAUGGCACUGAGCCCCACGUCGCCAGCUUUUGAGGGCUGGAAAGUGUCGCCGCUGCCGCUUAACUUUGAUGUUUAUCUAUUCAACUGGACUAAUCCGGAGGACUUAUACGAGGGCUCCCCAAAGAAGCCGCAUUUUGUACAACUGGGACCUUAUCGGUUUCGGGAGAAACCGGAUAAGGUAGACAUCGAGUGGCACAGUCAUAAUGCUUCGGUGUCCUUUCGCAAGAAAGCCUAUUUCUUUUUUGAUGCUGCCGGCAGCAAUGGCACCCUGCAGGAUGUGGUGACCUCGGUCAAUACAGUAGCACACGCUGGUGCUCGACGUUUUGGUCAAUUGAAUUCGUUUUUUCAAUUUAUGGCAUCGACCACGCUGAGCUCCACGCAGAAAGUGAGCGAGACGCGCACCGCCGAGGAGUGGUUGUUCAAGGGUUUCGUCAAUUCGUUGGUGACGCUAGGCAAAAUAAUUAGUCCGGAUGACGUGCCCUACGAUCGGAUUGGUUAUCAGUAUGCGCGCAAUGGAAGCACCAGCUUUGAUGGUGACAUCAACAUGUUCACUGGAGCCGAUGACAUUAGCAAAAUGGGCCAAAUCUAUUCGUGGAAUAAUAAGACGCACACAGGCGCGUUUGAUGGUGCCUGUGGCAAGGUUAUGGGCUCAAUGGGUGAAUUUUUUCCGCCCAAUUUGAGCACCAAUGACAGCGUCUAUCUAUAUAUGCCCAAAAUGUGCCGCGCCGUGCCACUGGACUUUACGGAAACAAUCAGCGUCCAUGGUGUCACUGCAUACAAAUUCAGUGGCACCAGACACGCUGUGGACAAUGGCACCAUGUAUCCGGACACCAGUUGCCUGUGCGUGGACGGCAAAUGCCAACCGGCUGGUGUUAUUAAUGUGGGUCGCUGUAACUUCAACACAUCCAUCUACAUGUCCUAUCCACAUUUUUAUCUGGCCGAUCCCAUUUAUCUGGAGGCUUUGGAUGGCCUACAGCCGGAAAAGGAGAAGCAUGAGUUCUUCAUGGCACUGGAGCCCAACGCUGGCGUGCCCAUGGAUGUGGGUGGUGGCUUCCAGGCCAAUUAUAUGAUGGAGCCGGUGCCGGGCGUUGCUCUCUAUGCGCGCGUGCCACGCAUUAUGCUGCCACUUAUGUGGGCCGAGGAGCGUGUUCGUGUCAGCGAGGAAAUCGCGGCAAGCAUUGGUCUGGUUCCACUCAUUGUAAUGCUCGGUCAGAUAUUUACGGGCAUACUGCUUGCCGGCGGCCUUAUUUGUACGUGCUGGUAUCCAACGCGCCAGUUGACGCGUCUCUGUCAUAGCGAUGAUCCCAAAGCCAAAGCGUCAAUGCUUCGUCCGCUGACCACAUUUGGCGCCGGCGUCAGUACGGCUAGCGCAACACCAGCUGUGCAGCAGCUUUUCCGCCAGACUGCCAACCAAAACGAACGUGUGGGCGUGCGUCUGUUAGAUUACAGGCGCAGCUCGGGCAUUGAAGAUGGCGAUGACGAGUGCAGUGGCGGCAACACGUCUACAGAUCGCCUAAUCGAGAGCCGCUCAACAGAUGUGAUAAUUAGUUAAUAUACAUAUAUCGUUGCAUCUUGCAUUUUCAAUAUAUUGCCUUAGGGGAGCCAAAGACAUA